AGAGAGGCCUGAACUGGAGGUCGGGGGUGGCCAAGGGAAUUGUAAGUAUGGCUGAGGGUCCAGCUGAGCAUUAGCUGUCUACACACUGAUAGAUGAGAGAUGUUAGCUGAUUCAAAACCAUGUCUGGACCCACUGAAAAUGCAAGGUCUUUUCCUUGUCUAGGAGGAAGUGCAUCUGAAUAACAAACUGAGGGUUGCUGGGGGUGGAGGGUUGGGAUGGGGUGGUUGGGUUAUGAAUGUUGGGGAGGGUAUAUGCUGUGGUGGGUGCUGUGAAAUGUGUAAGCCUGAGGAUUCACAGACCUGUACAAAUAAUACAUUGUAUGUUAUAUAUAAUACAUUAUAUGUUAAAACAUAUAAUAAUACAUUAUAUGUUAAUAAUAAAAAGUGCAUUCGUGAAAACUGAAAAAAAACAAAACAAAACAAAAAAAAUAAAAAAGAAAACAAAAAACAGCAGCCUGGCGAUUCAAGGGAAGUCUCAAAAAAGACAAAUACCCCAAAUGCAAGGUUAUCAAAACAGGGCCAUAUUUGCCUUCUCUUCUCUGAAGAGUGAGCUCCUUAGCAUAUGUCUCAUCUCCAUGGGUGGAGAAGGGGCAGAGAUUUGAAAGGGUCUUAGUUUCUCCCUCUAGUAACCUCCUACCCUCAUAAAAACACAGAAAUCUUUAUUCCGUCACACCCACUGCUGGACUUAACCCAGUGUCCUCUCAUAUUUACCCGUUUACACUCAUCCCUGAAUUUCUCCUUCUCCACUCCCAUAUCCUUGCACUCUCAGACACACUCAUAAUCUCAGAUCUUCAUGUCUUGAACAUUUACAUCUCAUUUUGCAGCAUAUGCAUUCCUCAAGUUUGCUUUCUCUAAUGUCCUUCCUUAGCCACUCUAAUGUUGAACUCACACAAAUAAUCUCACUCUUGUAGGACUUUUUAAUUUCUCAUUAACAAUGCACACAGCCAAGACAGUCAUUUAACAUUUUAUAAAACUCCCGUUUCCAGUCCCCUAGAACCCCCAUGUAAUUCCACAAUCAAGGAGCUCACAUGAAGUGCCACAUCCUUCGUUCACAUGGUCAGUGUGUAUUGCUUUCCCAAUCUCAGCAGUUAUCACAAAAUCACCCAGCUCCAUAUUUCACUCACAAACCAAAUAGAUACUCUGCAACUACUUAAACUUUAUACUAUGUGACACACAGGUCACUUGUAAUACAGGGAAGACAUACUGCUGUACAUCUCUAGAAGGAUGCUGCAGUGUCACCCACGACGCUCAUGCUACCUUCACAUGCAAUGGCCAGGUCACCUCUACAUUCUCUGAAUAAAAUUGUUGAGGACAUGUGUCAGACACAUACAUCAGACUGUGUUCACUAACAUGGCACACAUACUAAGUCCCUAGAAAAUACAGCAACCCCACUGAAUUGUCUCAUUCCAAAACCAACAUGACCUAUCAGACACUUUGCAGUGACCAAAGAGAAAAAGUAGGUGCAUUUUGUGAAAUAAAGUUGAGUUAUAAGCUUCCCUGAAGUUUGUAAACCCAGGAGGAGACUUAGUAUGUUUUAGUUAUUUUCUAAAGAACAAAAAUGGACCUAUUUCCUGAACGUUGAGUUUGGAAAUGUAGAUUAGGAGGAAGAAAAACUAACCGGUGAUUUUUGUGAUAUGUUUAAAUUCAUGGCAGAGAUCGAGAUGAUCCUAGAAAUACACAUAUUUUACCAGGGAAAUAACCAACAGCCGAGAAUUUCGCUGUUCAUUGGUAAGGUUUAGAGGUAGGCUUAUGUGUACAGUGAGUAUAGAUGCAAAAAUUAAUCAGAAUAGUGUGUGAGGAGGAUGUAAGGAGGGUGACACCACCAAGUGGGCCAAGUGACAGCUGAGCCAUUUGGCAGUCAUAGCUCCUCAGAGGGGAGCUGUGCCCAAAGUGGGGAGGUGUUGCCUGGAGUCAGCCUUGGGAACCCUUCUGGAGUCUCCUGGUCCCGCAGAGCUGUGCAGCAGAGCCCUCAGAAGUUUUAAACACAUCUGAAGAUGUUUUACCUGGACCCUCUGAGUUGGCCCAAGGCCAUGGCCAGAUGGCAGCAGAUGCAAAGUCACAAUACUCCUGUGUGCCUGCAGACAAGCUCGUUCGCUGUGAGGAAGACUCAAGAGGAUGCGGCUCAGCCUAACUCCUCUGCCUCACAGUACUUCUCCUGUGUCUCCUCUCUAUCUAAGCUGAUUCCUGCUAAUGAGGAUGAAUUCAAGACGACCCAUGAGGAUGCAGCCCAUCCUAAGUCCUCUGCCGUGGUCCCUCCUGGUGGUGAGGUAGCAGAACAACAAUCCUCUGCCUCACAGUACUUCUCCUGUGUCUCCUCUCUAUCUCAGCUGAUUCCUGCUAAUGAGGAUGAAUUCAAGACCACCCAGGAGGUCGGAGCCCAUCCCAAGUCCUCUGCCGUGGUCCCUCCUGGUGGUGAGGCUGCAGAAGAAUCAUCUGCCUCAUCCUACUACACCUGUUUUUCUUCCAUAUCGCAAAUCAUUAGGGCUAAUCAGGAUGAAUUCAAGACCACCCAGGAGGUCGGAGCCCAUCCCAAGUCCUCUGCCGUGGUCCCUCCUGGUGGUGAGGCUGCAGAAGAAUCAUCUGCCUCAUCCUACUACACCUGUUUUUCUUCCAUAUCGCAAAUCAUUAGGGCUAAUCAGGAUGGAGCUCCUCAAACAGACCAGCUUGUUUCUUGUUCCAAGAAAUGUGAGACUUCCUCACACUUUCUAUAUAGCUCCUUUACUUUGCAGCUGGCUAAUGAUCCUAAGCCUUCUGUGUCCUCUGCAAACACAGAAGAGGAAACAUUCAUGAAUGUCUACUAUAUGAAUGUAAGAACAAAAAGGGGUGUGGCUGUCCUCAAUGAUGAGCAAGAAAGCCUGGAGCCUCCUACCAAAAAAACAAAAAAAGAAAAAAAGACCUUUUCUGAUCUCCAGGGAGCAGUCACCCCCUCUUGCACUACUAAGGAGCCACCAACUUGCAGUGCAUCCAGGCAGACAAUAGAAGAGCAGGAGAAAGGGAAGGAGGCUGACAGUCCACCAGUGCCUCCAGCUGCCGAGGAAUAUCCCAGGGCCAAGACGCCUGAAUGGCUCGUGACCCUGGAUAGUGGCUUCAGGUGCAUGGCCUGCUGCCGGGUCUUUCCUAGCUUGGAGGUCCUCCAGGAACACGUGAAGCAUGGAGUCCGUGAGGGCUUCAGCUGCCAUACUUUCCAUCUGACCUUGACUUUGCUGGAGAGAAAGAAAAGGGUAGAGAAGGAAAAGAGUAGGCAGACAAAGAAUACUAAGAAUACUGGCAUAUAGAUGCCAGAAAGCGAAAAAUUUUGGCCUGAAGUUGUCUUCAUACAAAUAAACAGAACUCUUUCUAGUCCCUCCGGGAGAAGCAGUAGAGUAGGCCAGACUCUACUGAGACGGGCUUCAUCUUCUCUAAGAAGCCCUAGGACCCAUUUUUGUUUAUGCACAUCCACCACCACCACCACUGCCAGCCCACCACCACCAGGAGCAGACAACCCCUUUCAACUAUCUCCACUGCUCUCCCAAGAAGGAGGGAGAAGAAGGCAGUUCACACCAUGCAGAACUGCAAGAUGGUCUCAUACAAACUAAAGAGCAAUGACCACUCACAUAUCAUCUCUACCUGAAAAAAGGAGACUGACUGAAGGGAAAACUGCUGGGGGCUGGAUUGUAGAAGAGCAACACAGACCCACUGGCCCAAAGAUUUCAAAUGAUGGUGUCCAGCACACCCUGCAGUCUGAUGGGAGCACAGAAGUUCUCCUAAGCCCGCCUAGCAUCUAGGGAUGGCUGGCUGAAGAUAGAUAUACCUGAUACUCUGCAGCUGCUCCCAGUUGACCUGGUAAAAUGCGGUGCCCAGCUCUAGAGAAAAUAUCCGCCUAGAGCUGUGAGAAGUACAAGGAAUGCUGGGAAUUACUGGGCACUCAGGAGCCCCAUGGAAUAACUCCUGCUGACCCUCCCCACCCUGCCAGGAGGCAGGCACCACUGAAAAUCCCUGCAAGAUUGCCUUGUUGGGAAGAGGGCAGUUUGGGUAGAGAGAUGUUAGUACUGUGAUCAGGCCAUGACACCUUCCUAGAGCUUUGGCUGGUGGAAUAAGAAGAUUGAUGACAGCUUGGCAGAACUCAAGGGAGGAGACUGUUAACUUGACAGAGGAUCUAAAAGGAUAUUUCUGAUCUCUUUCCUCCGUUUGACUUCUACUUGUCGCUUCUCAAGUCCCUGGAUUUACUGUAGGUUUGAAGACCUGACUUGUAGUCUUACUCUCCAGGCCCGCCCUUACUCUUCACUCCUCCACGUCUUCUCUCUAUGAAUAUGUGCCUGAACACUCCAAAUAUCAAUGGUCCAGAUUGUAAUCCAUAUUCUUCCUCCCCUCCACUUGCACCCAAACAUUUGCUCCACUGUAGUCUCUGUUAACUUAUACUUAUUUUUCUAUAUCCUUUUCUUUAUAUGAACAUACACCUUUCUCCUUAUCUUUUUCUAAUAUACUCACUUGCACAGUUAUCUGGCUGACAGAUAGACAUUCUUAUUAUUGAGAGAGAAAAAGCUAUUUCACAAAUGAAACAAAAGCAAAGAAAACCCCCCACUUGGCUUCUCUGAGCUUGUGCACACAUAGGUGUGCAAAUACUUCUUAUACAGUCACAGGAGAGAGGAUGGAACAUGUAAUAAAUCAUCAUGGAUGAUCAAAUAUGUCUACACAAGGGUGUCACAGAAGUCAUAAUGCAGCCUUAAACUUAAUUUUAGAAGCAUAAAAGACACCAAGUUUUGAAAAAUAUAAUUUACAUGUUCAAUUAUUUGCAAGUCACUUACACUUCAAUUGUGCAUUUUCAAAGAUAAAUUUUUAAUAUUUCUUUUGUCACUCUUCCAUAAUCAAUCAGAAGGUCAGAAACAGGGAAAUUUUCAAGUGUUCUUUAUAGUUCGCAAAUAAUAUAAGGAAAAUUAAAAUAGUUCAACUUUGAAAUGGGAUCAUUUGUAACUUUUAGCUUUGCACUUUCAGAAGUGCAUGUUUCAGAAGUUCAUGACUGCUAUAUGGCGUUUGGGACAUACAUAUUUACACAGGUUUGUAUAACAGUUUAUAUAUGUAUAUAUAUACAAACCUGUAUAUACCUAGGCCUAUACACGUAUUUCCUUUUCUCUCUAUAUAUAUCUCAGAUAUAGUGAGGCUGUCCCCAUGGAUAUGGACAUAUAAGAAGUUUAUGUGCACCUGUGUGCCAUUGAAGCCAAGAGAAGGAUUAUAAUUGUUUUUGCUUUCAUCUGCCUAGUUCUUUAAUCUUCUUCCUGUGAUAGUGUCUUCACUUUCUGGCCAAAUAUAUGGGCAAGCAAGUCAGACUAGCCAAGUGAAGUCCUUACUUCAACACUUGGCUUACAUAGUUUACCUAGGUGUAGAACCUGUGUUGGAACAGUCUGUACUGAUAGCUUAGACAAUUGAAACAGGAGCUAGAGACUGGGCAGUUUCCUGGUGAGUGAUCUUUUGUCCGCAACCCAAAUUAAAGUCUGUGAGCCUGCACUGCACUCCUUCAGUUCUUCUUUUUCGGAUGACCUGGCCAUUUCAGUUAGGACUUUAAUAUGCUAAGCAUCUCCACCAACCCUUCAAUAAAUUCUUGUUUUGUUUGCAUUAGCCUGAGUCAUUUACUGUUGUUUGAAACCUAAUGUCCCUUAAUUUGGAUGCAAAUUAGCUUCAAUAUGAUCAUUUCUUCCAUUUUAUUUAUGGAAACAGUAUGGCCUAGAAUGAAAUAAUAUAUUUCUCUGACUUUAUACUGAAACAGUAAGGGAUAUACUUAAACUCAGUAGGUAUACUAUAUCCUUGAUUAAUUAGGAAGGUGCAGGAAAAAUGUUUGGGUGUAUAAGCAAAAGAUCAGACUUCAAAACAGUCAAACUGGAUUUUAUCUCUUACUGCCACUUAGCAAAUUCACAGACGUUCUGAGUCAAUGUUCUGUCUUAAAAAUGGAUUUCGUAAUACUAAAGUAAUCCUAGUGGGGAGGAUAAUGAGAUGCGAGUAAAAACACAUUACUUAGCCACUCAAAAGAUUCAUUUUUGGUAUUUGCUUUCCUUACCUUUGAUUAUCAGUAGUUUGAGUAAGACAUGUCUGGGUAGGAUUUUUAAAAAAUAUUGUUUGAGAUAUGCUGAGCUUUUUAAAAAAGUUAAUUAUGAUAAAACUCAUCAGAGAAGUCCCAUGUAUACCCAUCACCCCCUUUUCUUCAGCAUAGUUAUAGUUCAUUCCCAAACAAAGGAAAUUGACUGGAACAAAACAACUAAACACAUUGCAGACCUUACUCAGAUGUUACUGUUUUUGUGUGUGCUUAUAUUUUGUCUUUUUAUAAUUCCAUGCCAUCUUAUGCCCUGUAUAGAAUUAUAAUAUACAUAUCACUGCAGUGACAAUACAGAAACGUUCUGUCAUCCCAAAGCACUUCUCUGAGGCUGGUCUUUAUGGACACCAUCCCCCCACCUCCCAAUUGUCCCUUGCCCCAACUCCUGACCGCCACUUCUGUUCUCCAUCUCUGUAGUGUUUUCAUUUCACAAAUUUUAUGGAAAUGUAAUCAUACUGUAUGUCAACGUCUGAGACUGGCAUUUUCCACUAAGCAUAAUUUUCUUAAGAUCCAGCCAAAUUGUUUGAAUACACUGAUACUUCAUUACUUGAUUGCUGAGGAGUAUUCCAUUUAACUCUGUAGAGCAUUGCGACA